AUGGAUUCUUCUCGGCAACCUAAGAGGGCUAUCCCAAAACAAGAGGCAAAAAGCAGUCAGAGUGGCUCAAAAGCACCUAGUCGCAAAGAUGCCUAUGCUAGGCUUCUGAGCCAGCACCGCAGCAGCACAUUCACCAAAUAUCUGGAGCAAUACGCCAAGGACUCGUCCCUUAUAAAGGAAGAGAAUGGUCCUAACACGCUGCUAAAAGCUCAGACCGACAAGCCGAGCACACACCAAGGAAAAAGGGACCUAAUGUCAUAUCAUCUGUCUGAUGACUUUUCCCAUUCUUCAUUAAAAGACAAAGGAGACGAGAGUUCCCUGUCAUUGUAUAUGGUGAAAUUAAGCAUUCAAAAUGCACAGCAUGACAGUGAUAGGAAGCCUGGUGUUUCUGAAAAGCAUAGGAAUGCACAAAGGAGGGAUACUGCUACUAGCCAAGAUGGGGAUAUUGAGUCCGGAGAGGAGCUGAAUUCUUUAGGCCAAAGUGACUCCAAGAAGCACCAGCGUCAACGGAGAAAGAAUAAAGACUCAAGCAAGGAAAACUCCUCUAGGGAUAGCAGCCAGUUUGUUGAAAAUGUCCGUAUCAAAACCAAUUUAAACAAGCCAGAACAAGAGGACCCAAAGAAGACAAAAAAAAUAAAUAUGCCCAAGCAGUUGCAGGAGGGAAAGCCAAAAGAUGUAGUACCAGCGUUUUCAGGUGAUGGUCAAAAUUGCAAGUCCCCUCAUGAUUUAAACAAGUCUCUACGGCUCACAGAGAAGAAUAAGAGCAAAGGAGUUCGAGGGUCAAGAAAGCAAGUGUUUGAACCCUACAUGACAGCUGAAGACGUUUCUCGUGGCCUUAAAAGAGGGGAACUUUUUCAGGGUCAAUUGAGAAUCAACCCCAAGAAGUACCAUGACGCUUUCAUCCCAUCACCUGACGACACACGAGAUAUAUUUUUGAAUGGAAUAAUUGCUCGGAACAGGGCGUUAAAUGGAGACAUAGUUGUGGUGCAAAUCUUACCAAGGGAACAAUGGAAGGUAGUGAAGCCUGACACUGAUUGUGAGGGAGCCAGUGAGUCAGAGACUCGGAAGGGAAACCGGGUCCACCCAGCCCAGAAGAAGUUGGUGCAAGCACCUCUUAUUUCUGUGGAAGAACAGCACAGUGACCACGAUCAUCUGAAAAAUAAUACCCUCACCCCACCAUCCAACGACGAAGUACUUCAAAUGACUGCUAAAGUGGUGUACAUUGUUGAAAAGAGGCACUCAAGGGCUGUGACAGGCUCCCUGAAAUUUCUACCAGACAAGCCUUUUGCCAUGUUCUCCCCUGUGGAUCACCGUGUGCCAAGAAUUAAUGUUCCCCUGACUGAUUGUCCUGAAGACUUUAGUUCCCGCCCGAGUGACUACGCCAACACAUUAUUCAUCUGUCGCAUCACCAACUGUCCGGCUGACAGCAACUUUGCAGAAGGUCGACUGGCGAAGACAUUGGGCCAAGCUGGGGAAAUCGAGCCAGAAACAGAGGGCCUUCUGAUAGAGUAUGAUGUAGAUUUUUCAGAGUUCUCAAGUGAAGUGAUAGAUUGUUUGCCCAAGAAUGUGCCGUGGAAUAUUCCACCUGAGGAGAUGGCCAAGCGAAAAGACUUAAGGAAGGAAUGCAUCUUCACAAUUGACCCAUCUACCGCCAGAGAUCUGGAUGAUGCCUUGUCCUGUAAAUACCUUCCAGAUGGCAACUAUGAAGUAGGAGUCCACAUUGCAGAUGUCAGUUAUUUUGUGGAGCAGGGCAAUGCUUUGGAUAAGAUUGCCAGCCAGCGGGCCACAAGUGUGUACCUUGUACAGAAAGUCAUCCCUAUGUUGCCAAGGCUUCUCUGUGAGGAACUAUGUAGUUUGAACCCACUCAAUGACAGGCUCACCUUCUCUGUCAUAUGGAAAAUCACACCAGAAGGAAAGAUCCUGAGUGAGUGGUUUGGCCGCUCCGUGAUUCGUUCAUGUGUCAAGUUGAGUUAUGAUCAUGCUCAGAGUAUGAUUGAGUCACCUGACAAGAAGUUUGCUGCUGAAGAGUUGCCACCUGUGGACCCUGAGCAAUCCAUUGACACGAUCCACCAAGCUGUGCUGAACCUGCAUUCAAUUGCCAAGUCCCUCAGAGCUCAGCGUUUAUCUGGAGGAGCACUCCGACUGGACCAGCUGAAACUCUCUUUCACUUUGAACAAAGAGACCAUGAUGCCUCAAGGAUGCUACAUUUACCAGUACAGAGAUAGCAACAAGUUGGUUGAAGAGUUCAUGCUCCUGGCUAAUAUUGCCACAGCCCACCAUAUUUAUAAAUGCUUCCCUGACCUAGCAUUGCUCAGACGCCACCCUCCACCCAAGACUAAAAUGGUGGACGAGCUACAAGAGCUGUGUGACCAGCUGGGCAUUGACAUUGACCUAUCUUCUGCUGGCUCAUUAAAUAAGAGUCUGCUUUCCACUCUUGGUAAUGAUCAGUAUUCCAUUGCCCGGAAAGAGGUCCUAACCCAUAUGUGCUCCAGGACCAUGCAGAUGGCAUUAUACUUCUGUACAGGUGUACUCCAAGAAGAAAAGCUUUUCAAGCACUACGCCCUCAAUGUUCCUCUUUACACACACUUCACGUCGCCCAUUAGGCGCUACGCUGACAUCAUCGUGCACCGACUGCUGGCAUCUUCACUGAAGUGUGGUCCCAAGUUGAGACUGUCAACAGAGGAUGUUCAAAAACAAACUUCACGCUGUAAUGAGAAGAAAACUGCAUCCAAAAGAGUCCAAGAGCUGAGCUCUGAGCUCUUUUUUGGUAUUUUUGUUAAGGAAUGUGGCCCCCUGCACUCUGAGGCCAUGGUGAUGGCAGUGUUGGAUCAGUCCUUUGACGUGUUGGUCCUGGGUUAUGGCGUGCAGAAGCGCAUCUACUGCAAGUCUGUCACUGGCCUGGCCUCAUUCCUCCAUCGUAAGGUAGGGAAGAAAUCCGAGCUUACUCUUCUGUGGACACCAGAAGACCCACAGAAAUCUCCAGUUGAGCAAGUCAUUUCCAUUUUCGCACUCGUGGAGGUGGAGCUUAAAGCAGAUGGCGUGCCCAUGAAAUACAGUGCUUUACUCAAGAGGCCCAAUGUGAUUGCACCAUAA